UCCAAACAGGUCAUAAGACAACCACUACCUGAACCAUGGCGGUGUUAUCCGUGACGAGCACUCACUCUCACUCCUCCCUCUUUCUCUCACCACCACCACCACCUCACUCUUCUCCCAAAAUCUAUGGCUGCUUAUCCUUCUCCACCAUUCUAAUUCCACUUCCCACUCUCAAACCCUCGUCUUUUUCUCAAAGAUUCUCGAUAAAUGGGAAUUGGGAUUCUCGCAGAAACAGAUUUCGUGCAAAUUCUUCUGACCCAGAAAGGGAUUUCCAAAACCCUCCUACCCAAAUUUCUCAGGAAAAUGAUGAAAUUUCCCAAGAUAGUAGUAGCAGCAACCCAUCAACUAGCCUCUUGUCUGUACUCUGUCCCUUGCUCAAGAUUUUCUCUGGAGGAGAUCCAUCUAAAAAACGGAACUAUUUUUUGGAGGUAGCAACAUCUUCCUUGUCUACCUUGGCAAGGUUGCCAUGGGGAUCAAGAUCACUAUCAGACAGUUCAGACAGCCAAGAGAUCAGCACAGUAGAUCCUCUAAAGCGUUUGCAGCUUUUUGAAUUUGAGGCAUGCCCCUUUUGCAGGAGGGUUCGAGAGGCCAUAACUGAGCUUGAUCUUUCUGUAGAGAUCUAUCCUUGCCCAAAAGGUUCUAUAAGACACAGGGAAAUGGUUAGAAGACUGGGUGGCAAAGAACAGUUUCCUUUCCUUGUUGACCCGAAUACUGGAAAAUCAAUGUAUGAAAGCAGUGAGAUUGUAAAGUACUUAUUCCAGCAGUAUGGUAAAGGAAGAAGUCUUUCAAUGGGUCUUCUGGAAAGCACACUACUCACAGGAUGGGUGCCAACUCUUCUUCGAGCAGGUAGAGGAAUGACAUUAUGGGAAAAGGCCAGAACAGAGUCACCAUCCAAGAAGUUGGAACUUUUCUCCUAUGAAAAUAAUCCAUAUGCUCGAAUUGUGCGUGAAGCACUUUGUGAAUUGGAGCUUCCUUACAUCCUUCAAACCGUGGGAGAGGGAUCUCGACGAACGAAUUUACUACUUGAGGCAUCUGGAUCAAAAGAGGUGCCUUACAUUAUUGAUCCCAACACUGGCACUCAAAUUGGUGACUACAAGAAGAUUUUAUCAUAUUUGGUUCAGACCUAUUCCAUGGUCAGUGCAUAGGUGCAACAUCAUCCAUCUUUUAAUACUGUUUGUAUUAUAGAUUUGGGUAGAGAUUUAAAAAAACAUAAAGGGAAAAAGUGGUAGAAAUGUGAAUGAAUAUAUAUAUAUAUAUAUAUAUUUUUUUU